AUCGAGUUGUGCCGCCGCACUCGCAGCUCAUUAGCUCAUUUUCUCUCCGCGGCUCGACGACACAACACACGAGCCGCCGCCGCCGAACGGAUUCAGCCAACCAACCGAGCAACGCCACCCAGCCUGAUAAACACAGCAAAUUUGGAUACUCAGCUGGACUGACUUUUCACUCCUGUUUCGUCUUGGAUUAACACUAAAAUGACAAGCAGGACGCCGAUCGUGGUGCUACUGGUGCUGGGAGCGGCCCUCGCCACCACCGGGGUUCGCCACCCCCGCAGCGGGGGCUUCCCAAAGUUUCCGUCGCUGGUGCCGCCCCCGACGCAGCCCCCGCAAGCCACCGCUAGACACGCGUGUGGCACUCGCGGCGUCGUCUUUUCGCCUCCGCGCUCCGGCUCCGCGGCGGCCAAGAUUGUCGGUGGAGCCGCCUCGCCCUAUGGUGCUUACCCUUGGCAGGUGGAGCUGCUCGUCUGGCGACCUGAUAAGAGGACGUACGAGCACCUGUGCGGCGGGGCAGUCAUCGGCUCGUUACUGGUGCUCACCGCGGCCCACUGCGUCUCCGACGACGUGGACCAGCGCUUUCUGCGCAUCGCCAUCGGCCAGCACCGCCGCAACAAGCCCGACGCCUACGAGCAAACCUUCAGGGCCAGCUCCAUUGUCAUCCAUCCCAACUUCAGGAAAUCUGGUCCUUACAGCAACGACAUAGCAGUGAUUCGCGUGAAGGACGCAGCAGUGGCCACCUACGGAAACCCCGCCUCGACCCGCGGACGCGCCAUCCAGUUCGACAGCCACGUCCGAGCCAUCUGCCUGCCCGGCCGGUACGAAGAGGUGGAGGCCGACACGUGGUGCACGGUCACAGGUUGGGGCGCUCAGGACUUUGAAGACAAGGACAGUCUGUCGGUGGUGCUGAAAGCGGCCUCCGUGCCGGUGGUGCCCCUCAACCAGUGCCGCAGUCCGGAGGUGUACGGCGGACGACGCCAAGCCAUCCUGGAUAGCAUGAUCUGCGCCGGGUCGCUCGAGGGUGGCACCGACGCGUGUGGUGGAGACUCGGGAGGGCCUUUGGCCUGUGAGAGCAGAGGCCGUCACGUCCUCAUGGGCGUCGUCUCGUGGGGCGACGGCUGCGGAAAAAAGAACCGACCUGGCGUCUACACGAAGGUGUCGCACUUCAUCGACUGGAUCGAUUCCGUGCAGAGAAAUGACGUUUAACAGCAAAAGUAUUAUCAAAUUGACACUGCUCUUGUGUCUAAAAUUGGCGCAAUUUAUUUCUCUCAAAUUGACAUGUUCUGGACUUAAUUUUAUAUCAAGGAAAAAGUGUGUGUCGAAGCCUAUUUGAAUCCAAUUUAUCCCGAUGCAUUUAAAUGUUCUGGAAAUAAGAUGUGCGACUUCUGAGACUUUCUGAUCGAUGGCCGUCAGCUUACAACCAUGACACGUGUGCUUGUUUGGCACAUAUCUGUUUGUCAAUGUGUUUAUAAUUUAUGUGGCUUGUUUUCCAACAGACUAGUCAACGUCUAGUUAUUAUCAUAACUUAUGACCAUAAUUUUUUUUGUACACUUAGCAAAAUUUAGUUGUUUCUCGCAUUAUCAUAUCAAUAGAAAUUGGCCGUUUCCUCGUGUACGCAACUUAUUUCUACCCCAUCUUUGAGACUAAUUAUUUUAUCGUGUAUAUUUAUUCGAACAAUAAUUGUAAUCAGGAAAGACCCGCCGCUGGACGUUUGGCGCCUGCACAUUUGACUGUGAUAUGGAUCUCUGCUUGCUCUCAUAGCCUGCACGAUAAGACUUGUAGCGCCUGUUUACUUUUAUUAAUUGUUUUUACGUAGUUUAUAUAUUUUUGUACGGAGAGAUUUUUUAGUCUAAAUUAAUCUAAAUGUACAAUCAGACCUUCCUACGGCUGAUAAAU